AUGCCGGGAUAUCAAACUGAGCCUGAGGACAUGCUGAGCAGUGACCUCGCUGCAGCAACCCUGCCCACGCCGUCCGACACGCCAUUCCGGACACCAUCUAGAAGUUCAAGACGAUCGCGAAGAUCAGCAACACCCGAGAUCAGCUCAUCCCCCCCGCCGCCGUUGCCAUCGGAAAGGAAUGAUAGACAUUCGAAACGAUCCUCUAGAGAUGUCGUUGUGGAUGAAUCGAUUAGCAUUCUAGACCCUCGUCGAUUCACACCGACGCUCCACGCAAAUCUCGUCUCUGAGAUUCUCUCUUUGCGAAGAGAUCAGGAGGAGAAGCUAAAGUUUAUUGAGGGUCUCGAAGCUACGCUGCACAGCUCACGCGAAGAGCAGGAGUCUCUUCGGUCCAACUUGCUCAAAAAUGCCAAGGAGAGCCGUUCCUUAAAGCGCCAGCUCGCCUUGCUUGAGGGAGGCACCUCUUCUGCGCUAGGUGAAUUGUCCCAGGAACGUGAUGAGGCUGUCGACGCCAUCACGGACACCAAAAAACGGCUCGAGGUUGCACAGAAAAAGGCUCGCAGCCAGGAAGAAGACUCGCAAAGGACUCAUGAGCUGUGGGUCAAAGAGAAAGAUGAAUGGGAGGAGGAGCGCCGCAAAUACGAGAGAAAACUCCAUGUCGCAGAUACCCGACUCAAAGCUAUCCUUGACGAAGUGGCGCAGUAUCAGGCAUCACAGAGCCAGCGCCAACAGCAGAGUGACCCAGACCCAGAGGAUGGGGCCAAAGAUAAUGAUGCUGCCAGCAUAAGAAGCUUGGGGACCAGCGUGCGAUACUCAGUCGUUCCAGAUAAGAUGAACGGUCAUAGUCUUGCGGAUGAGCUCAACUUUGACGAUGACGAUGAAUACGAGACCGAGCCUGACGGCAGGCAAAGCGUCAUGUCUCAGCAAAGUCGUCACCAUGUGCGCAACUUUAGCCGAGAGAGUAUCUUGUCCAAGACGGCACAGAAGACGCACCGUCGCAACUUGAGUAGCGAAAGCUACGCUCGACCAGGUAGUGUUGCACGCGGGCGCUUGUACAUGAAUCAAACCGUGCUCGACAGGCUCGAGGGUGGAAUCCGUGAGGAUGAUGAAACGCCGUCUGCUCCGGCUCCGAAGCCAGAGUAUACAGACACCGGUGUGCAAUUUUCUCCGCCGCCCUCGCCGAAGAUGGCGCCAGUGAAGGCAAUGGCAGAGUCUAUCAAGACUGGGAAACCCCUUGAAAUCGAUGGUGCACCAAAGGCUGAAUGGGAGGCCAAUCAAAGCAGGAAACGUGUGCACGCUGCCAAACCUGUGCCAAUUGAGCCACCACCUGUGCUCAGAUCAAUGGUUUCCACAAGCUCUCAAACUCUGAGUGAACCGCUUAGCCCUCCUGCAACUCCAGUCAUGCCAUUACAAGUAGUCUCGUUGCCGACAGUCGAGGUGAAACCACUGGAAGCAACUAGGCCGCCCAUGAUCACCUCUGGUACACAAACCGAUGUCUACCCAUCUCCCACGCAACAGUCUCGUUCGGCCUCACCACUUCUCGUUCCCAGCAUCAGCAUUCAUCCCCCAACAUCUCGGGCAUCAUCUCCUCGGCCGCAUCGUUUGCCUCAAUAUGUGAAGGAUUUCGGCUGCCAAGUGACUAUCCUCGAGCCGGUACCAACCACAUCGACUGCCAUGCAGACGGAUGAAAUUCGAGUCGAUACACGUCUUGAUAAAUUACCCGCUCAUCUUCACCCCUCGGCCAUCUCGUCACGCCCAGUCUCACCGAACCCUCCCCUGGCCAUGCCCAACGAGGAUCUCAAAACUUUCACGCCACUGCCCGGCAACUUGCCUCCUCGGAAUCCUCGUCGGCUGACCAGCCAACCAAGUUUUACAUCGGAUCUCGUUGCUUCGCGACCCGUAUCCCCAGAAGAAACUCGUGAUGCGUAUCCCGGUAACAACGACAAUGGUUCUUUGUCGAGCAAAAAAGCGCCUUUCAAACGGCCACACCGGAUCAGCAGCCUGUUUACAGGAUUCGAGGAAGCCAGCUCCGAUGAGGACGAUUUGGCAGGCAGCGAUUCCGAGUUCCGCACUGCCUUGUCCUCGCCCCAGUCAAAGCCAAGCAAGCAUCGACAGACCGAGUCAAUCGUAACAACCUCGACCAUCGACCAGGCACCCGCUAUUCUAAAGCAAGCACGAAACACUAUCAAGCAAAUGAGUGCCUACAGUGCCUAUAAUGGCUUCAGCAUGGGCGAUGAACGGAAAUCACAUGGCCGUAAGCCUUCUGUCAAUAAACCCUCGUCAUAUCGCACUGGCGUCAUGCGCAAGUCAGCCAUGAUUCAGAAUGGGAUAGCAUCUCAUCAAGGGCGCUCACGGAGCCCUAGUCUGCAGAAUAUGAAAGACCCCCCUUUCCCUAUUCCCACGAGGGCGAGUUCGCGUCAGCCUGGUAUCAAUGUAAACAAUUUCAGCGACGGGCAACGCAGCCCCACGAGGUUCGGAGAACCACGGCAUCGACGGAGCGCCAGGGGUAGUAGGUCCUACCGAUCCAACAGCAUACGCAAGGCCCGUUCCGCAGCGGCUCUGCCACGUGGCUCCCGAUAUCGACAAGACAGCCGUUCACCACCACCGAUGACCCCAUCAGAAGCACCUGAGAGUCCUGGGCUACCACCGCUGCCAAGAAACGAUAUAACAACCCCACGACGUGAGAGCAGAGCGCCACGAGCCAGAAGUCAUCGCUACCAACCAUCAGUCACGACGGCAUACACCGAUGAUAACAUUGCGGUUGAGUCUGUUGCCAGCUCUCAACCAUCUCAACCGGCUUCAGGCGUUGUCGAAGCCAUUGCUCAAACCAUGGUCGGAGAGUGGAUGUUCAAGUAUGUCAGGAGGAGGAAAUCCUUUGGUAUGGCCGAAACAAAGGCCGAGGAGAACAGCAAUGACCGUCACAAGCGUUGGGUAUGGCUGGCACCGUACGAACGUGCUAUACUCUGGAGCAGCAAACAGCCAUCAUCUGGCAGUGCCCUCAUGGGCAAGGCUGGCCGAAAAUUGACGAUCCAGUCAGUAUUGGAUGUUAAAGACGAUAACGCCCCGCCUAGAGGCGCAGGACAGAUUUUCAACCGGUCUAUACUCAUCCUAACGCCUCAAAGGGCGCUCAAGUUUACAGCUGUAUCGGCAGAAAGACACUACCUGUGGCUCACGGCUUUGGCCUUCUUGGCCCAUUCGCAGCAGGCAGUUCCGGAUAUGAUCUCCCCAGCGGCACCUGCUCCCACGGGCCCAACAGCAGCAAAAUUAGCACCAGCGCCUACUCUGGCACCCAACAUUGGACCGCCUCCAUCCAAAGCCAAGAAGCCCGGCAUUCGCGACUCUAUUAUGCUUAAAAAGAGCAGGAGCCCAACAACACCAUCUGACUCUGCUACAAGCCCGAGACAGCUCGGGGAAGCAAUUGACUUCAAGACUGAUGCCUUGUCUGCAGCCUUGAAUCACCAGCGCGAUCUUUCGAGGGAUGUAGCAGAGCCACCAUUGAUACCUCGAUUCCACGACAGAUCCUCGGAAAGAGUGCAUGAGCGAGCCAACCAGGCGGGCCUCCACGGUCGCAAGAGAAGCAACACUGGUGGACACAUCCCACCGCCGCUGUCUUUCCGUGGCUUUUCAUCGCCACAACCUUCGCAUCAUCGAUACACUGACAGCACGGCUGGAAACAGCGUCAUCACAACUGGGUCAUCAGACCUCUAUCAACCAUCCACCAACGGACACUCGACCUGGGCCAUGAGCUCGGCGGCGUCUCGCUCGCAACGUACAUCCGACGCUUCUUCAAGACCGGGUAAUAAUUUCUUUGAAGCCAUUGGUACAAUCCGUAUGGAGGCGUUCAUCAGCCCUCUCGCCUUUCCCAGAGUCGAUGAGUAUCCCGAAGAUGAAGAGCUCCGAUACCGAGCUCGUAGACGCAGCAAGGAGAUUCGCCGCCAGAGGAGCCGAAGCAGACAACGUGAUAACUAUGGACCCCGUUCAGCGCGCGGCACAGACGACUAUUAUGGAGGAAGUAGGGCGGGCGAUGAGGAAGAUUACUUUAGGGACGAUCCCUUCAAAGGAUUCUGA